AUGAUUGACUUAACUCAGUUUGAAUCUGAAUGUAACUACUGUUAUAAUAAUAUUAAUGAUGAAACUUUAUUUUACUGUGAGUGUACUUUAACAACAUGUAAGUAUCAUUAUGAAUUACACUUUAAGUUAAAAGGAUGUUUGUGUCUGUUUAAUGUAACUAAUGAGAAUAAUAAUUUGAUGGUUAACAACCUUGUUUCUGAAGAUGAUCUUACCAAUCAAGUUUUAGUUCAUCUUAAUAAGAAUGAUGAUACUAUUGUAUGUCCUCAUUUUAGUGGUGAUGUUGAUAAGAAUGUAAUUGAUAUCUUAGAUAAGCAAUGUAACGAAUGUGAUAUUAAUGAUAACGUAUGGAAGUGUCUAGAGUGUGGUUAUGUGGGUUGUGGUAGAAAUCAGUAUGGAAUUGAAGGUAACAAUCACAUGUUUAAUCAUUAUAAAUCAACUGAUCAUUUUAGAACAUUAAGUUUAAAUUCCAAAUCUGAUUAUUAUUUAAAAGUUUAUUGUUAUAAAUGUGAUUAUUAUAUUAAGUGUGAUUUAAGCAACAUUAACUUUAAUACUACAGAAAAUAGAAAUUUUAACUUAAUUAAUAUUAAUUUAAAUAAUUCCAACAAUAAUUUUGAUAAAAAAAGUAUAAAAGGUAUUACAAAUAAUUUUAAUAAUUGUUACAUAUCAACAGUCCUUCAUUUAUUAUCAAAUAUUUAUGAUGAAAAUUUAGAUAAUCAUUUUAAUGUAUGUGAUUAUCAUCCAAUUGAUUGUUUUAUGUGUCAGUUUAUUAAAGUUAUAAACGGUCUUAAUAAAGGUGAUAAAAAUAUUCUUAAUAUUGAUCCUUUUAUCAAUAUUAUAAGUAAGAGUGAUAUUUUUAUUAAAUAUCAACAAUAUGAUGCUAGUGAGUUUUUAUAUUACGUAUUUGAUAAGUUUGAAUUUUAUUAUCAAAAGGGGACCAUUCCUAACCUAUUAGAAAGAUUAUACUUUAAUACUAAAAAAAUUAGUGGGACGAUUUUUUUUAAUGAAUUUGUUAAUAAUUUAAAUGAAAUUCAAUUAGAUGGAACUUUCAAUGAUUUUUUAAUAAUUUGUAUAAAAAGAUACAACUAUGAAAAUCAUGAGACUGUAAAAAUUAAUGAUCCUAUUGAAUGUGAUGAUUUAGUUAUAAAUGAUGAAAAAUACUCAUUUAUUUGUAGUAUUUUACAUGAAGGUACUGUUAUUGAAUCAGGUCAUUAUUUAUAUUAUGAUAAUGUUAAUUAUUUAAUAGUUAAUGAUGAAUUAGUUAACGAAGUGAUUGAUUUAACGAGUGUUAAAGCAUUUAGUUAUAUUUACCUAUUUAGGAAAUAA